AUGAAGCGACUGUGGAAUAAGAUUGGAGGAAACGUCAAAAAUGGCCAAUUCCAAAAGAAGGCAGUGGAACACGUGGAAAAGAUCGAAAAGGGUGAAACUAAAGUGAGUUUUUUAUAUAUAAAUUUUUCACCAAUAUUUCUAAUGUUUAGAUUCUUGCUCCAAAAUAUCCAACAGAAAAACCGAGAGCAAUAAGUGAGGAAGUCAAAAAGGAUCUAGAAACCAAGCACGAAAAAUUGAUUGGAAAUAUGAAUAAAAUGAAUAUCAAAUCAACAGAUCCUGUUGAAAGAUGGACAUCGACAAAAGAUCUUCCGACUAGAGAAUCCGAGUUUUUGCAUCGAAAUGAUCCAAUUUGGGAAUAUGGAUUUUAUGAGCCACCAGUUGAAAAAAUCCCAAAGGAUAAAUUGAUGUUUCGCGAGGCUUUAGAAUAUAUGCGAGCUCGACAAGAACUCGAAGUUCCUCCAACUUCCGAAGCUUCACAAAAACAACGCGAACAAUCAUUGGAAUUCAUUGAAAAUCACGCAGUUUCAUCUCGUGUCAAUCCGGAAACUUUGGAUAAAAUUUUCGAAUAUUUCCGGCCAUUUGAGAGAAAGGACAAGCAAAAAGUUGUUAAUAAACAUCAACUCGCAGCAUUGCAAGAUCAUUUACAAGGUUAUUCUGAUCAACGAAUGAUUAUGGAUGAGGCGAAAGGAUUGAGGGAAAAUAUAAGGAAAAUAGGGAAGAAUGAGCAAUUUUUGAGCGAAUAUCAGAGGGUAAAUCAUAAAUUUUCGACUGAAAUUCCAUUUGAAUUUUAUUUUUCAGCUUGAAGCCGAUGAGAAGCAAAAAGUUCGCGAAGCAAUUCUUCAACUUCGUCAAGAAGAACAUGAUCGAUUAAAUAAACGACUUCAAGAAAUUGAUCAAAUCGAGAAAACUUCCAAAGAAGCUAUGAAACAAGCCAUAGAACAGAAGAAAAAUAAUAAUUAG